CCCCGUCGUUCUCGCCAAGACAUAUCGUCUUACGGCAUCAACAUCGACAUUUUUCCUGGCGUGCCGACCCUCUGCAUCACCACCACCGGUACCAUGGAGUUGACCCCACCACCACAACACCCCCAAACAUGGCCACAGACUUCUGUGAGCCAGGUUGAACACAUUAUCAACCUUUUAAGGCGCCGUCGACUAGGCGACGCCUUCGAAGCUCUUCUGGACCUUGGCGAUGAGAUGCAUGAUAUGGACGACCAGGGAUAUGUCAUCGGCGACCUGCACAAUGUAGACCGCCUAAUGUCAGCUAUCGUGCAACGUUCCGCAUAUGGCGUCUACGCGGCCGUCGACAGAGCAAUCCACACACUGCUUCUCACCGCGAUCCGUAGCUGCGAGGCUCAGAGAGCAAGCCUCACGAUACAGCCACUGGCCCACGAGAGGCUGGGAUGGCUGUCACCGGCGCAGUCCGAGAACAACGCGCAUCUGGAAUGUUACCGGAACUUUGCCGGCUACAUCAGCAGCCACCCCGCCUCGUCCUGCCAGGCACCGGCGGCACCCAGUGGCGACCGAAGCUUGGAAGCAGCAACGGAGCUCCUGCAAAGGCUAUGUCCGAGGGUCAACGGCCUAUGCAGAUGGACAUAUACGGCGAUGACUCGGACGGAUGUGAUGGUGCCCAGCGGGACCCGGGACCGGCGGCGGCGCAGUAGUGGCUGCAAAAGCGAUGGCGCACCGGGGAUCGCAACAGCAAGACGGUCAUCCCCUCGCUUCCGCAAAGCCACUACAGGCGUGAUGAUGGCAACCCCCCCGACACAAAGCGGGGAUGUCUGUCUCGCUGAUGCUCUCACGGUCCCGACCAUACCAUUGCGACGUCCCUCGACGCCGCGCGUCGGCGUCGCCCCGCUCACUCCCCUUUCCGGUUCUCCAUCGAAUAUGAUUGUGAAGCAAGAGGAGGAUGUCUGGCUGUUGUAGACUGUUGACAGGCUGCGGAAGAGGCGGCAGAGUGGGUGAGGAGUUUGUCCCACACCGUGGAUAAAUCCUUAUUUUAACAGACUUGAUGAUUAGAUUUUGAGAUGGAAGAACUGAGGUUGAGAAGCU